AUGUCAGACUCUGGAGACUCGGCUAAGACAGAAAAGAAAAGAGAGUACAACAGAAAUGCCCAACGGCUCUUUCGGCAACGCCGAAAAGAGCACCUCAAAUCUCUAGAACGUGCUGACAAGGAACGCUCAUCUACCCAUGCCGAGGAGGUUGAGAGUCUGAGACAGGAGAUAAACCAACUGCGUACCGAGAACAGGGCUCUUCGUUUAUAUAAUACCAAGACGCCGCCCCUGGAUGCGUCUGUUUUCCCAUCUGCUGCUUUGACAUCGAGCCCGUUACAGUAUCCUACAAGUCCCUUUAGUUCUCUUGACCUUUAUAACUCUACACAUGACCCAGUGGCAGACAAAACCGUGAAGUCUUCAUCCCAGACACACGACGAACCGGAACGGUUCUGCGCGCUAUUCCCCCAGGAUAUCGCCACUGUUCGUCGUGAUCUGCACAUGCGACUAUCCCCCGUCCUGGAUCUAAAUAUCCUCACAAACCCGCGCCUCCACUUGUCGGCUCUUGCUGCGUUAGGUCCCUCACUACCUCCGUCACUUCGGCCGACCGUGCUACAGCUACAAAGACCACACCACGCCUACAUCGACCUGAUACCGUCGCCGACCUUGCGAGACUCGUUGAUACGGGCCGGGGUCGAAAUAGCUAAUACUUUCUUAACGGAGGUGUGCACCUUUGUGUACGAGACGGAGGAUUUGGGACAGUUGACCAUCUGGGGCCGCGAUUAUCUGAAUGUGAUGUCAUGGGAAUUCUCAGAGGAAGUGCUUAAGGCAUGGCCAAAUCUGCUAACAACAGAGUGGCGCGAGAGAGCAAACUUUUGGAGGGCGCAAAGGAACGAGCAACCGAUUAAAUUUGGCUGA